AAUAACAAUAAUUAUAAUAAAAUAAUAAUAUUGUGAUAUUUUGAGUGACAAUACAAUCUAAGGAGUUGGACAAAGAGAAUGCUUACUCCUCUAUUGGGAAUCUCAGUCACCUCAACUGCCAUAAACAGCUUCAAAAUCCAGCAAUUCAGUCUCAAGAAACCAACCUCUUUUCCAUCUCAUCAUGUUUCACCUUUUUCUCCCAACAAAUCAGGAUUAUGCAGGGCAAGUGAAGUUGUUGAUCUGUUCCCAGCAUUAUGUUCUCAAGUUAGAAUCCGGGAGGCGAGGUUGGUGGACUAUUGGGAAGUGGCAGAGACUCAUUGCAGCUGCUUCUUCCCUGAAUAUUCCUUCCCUUUGGAUUUUCUGCUGAGGAUUGAUAGAUUGCUGCUGGCCAUGUUAGCAGCCAUGUUAACGGCCUUGUCUAGGCCAAGAGCUUGCAAAAGAAUCUGUUUGGUUGCUGAUAUUGGUAGCGGCAGCUCACAUCAUCAAACUCUUUCUUCAUUUCCAAGCAUCCUCAACAAGGGAUAUGUCGCAGGUAUAUUAACACUAGACAAUUUCGCAGACUAUCUACCACGAAAGGGGCCGCGCCGCCGGAGAAGGACUGGAAUUGCAUAUAUAUCAAAUGUGGCAGUAAGGGAGAACUUCAGAGGGAAAGGAAUAGCUAAGAAAUUGAUUGGAAAGGCAGAAUCAAUGGCCAGAAGUUGGGGGUGCCGUGCAAUUGCAUUGCACUGUGAUUUGAACAAUUCUAUGGCCACAAAGUUAUAUAAAGGCCAAGGCUAUAAAUGUGUCAAAGUUCCAAAAGGAGCAAAGUGGCCUCAACCAAGGUCCUCUCCUGAUAUCACCUUCAACUUCAUGAUGAAGCUUCUCAACAACUCAGCUGCUUCUGAUUAAUUACAUUAUCUUGGAGGAAUUCAUAUUUAUUCCAUUGCAUAUUCAUUUAGAAGGAGAUAUUGGAAUGUAAAUAUGCAAAGGCAAGGAUUUAUAUGCAAAAUCAGUUGCAGCAUUAUUGUAGAUUGCACACAUUUUAUAGUUACUUAUUCCAUUCUUUUGUACCUAAGUGCAUGUAGUACAAAUCUCUAUUGGAAUGACUGGCCUUAGGCCAGCUUUUCUUUCAUGAAGAGCAUUUUAAAAUCAAAUCAUAUUAAAAAGUAAUCAUAGUUAAUGUUCAAAAUAGUUCCUGAAAAGUCAGAUACAUAUUAUUGUGUACCUUUGUGAAUACUUGCAUACAGCAUGCUUUGACUUUGGAACCAGGUGACCUCUUCUAUUUUUUCUUUAAAUUGUCAACGGUACAAAAGAACUAAUUAAGCAAGAAAAGAAAAAUGUUUUACCAAUUUAAAUACCUUUUAGAGCAUUUAUAAAUCCAUCAAAGCAUAUUUAACAAGAACUAUGCUUAAACAAAUUUGGUGCUGACACAUUUUGUACUUGGUAUUCAACACCAUUACCUCUUGUGGGACAAGGGGUUAAAUAUUAGUUGUUAAAUAUUUGGUAUCUUCUGAAAAUAGAUACUACUCUUCAAGGCAAGGCACAUGGUUUGUCUUACAACAGUGGGGUAGAUAGUACUAAACCCUUAAGAACUCCAUUGGAUGCUUAUAGUUGAUGACUUCAUCCUAGUGAUUAUCAACCAUUACCUUCAUAGGAUUCAGUUAUUUAUCUUAGUCUCUGCUGUAAUAGUUAUUUUUUUAAAUUGAGAUCCUUGUCUUAGUUAAUGGUUUUCCCUACUAAACUUUGUAUAUUGUAUGUUGGUGUGACAAACAAAAUGUGGGCCAUACCCUCAAUGAAGUUCCAAGGAAGAAGGAGCCAAAAAAGGAAGUUCUUUGUUUUACAAAGGGACAUUAGUUGCUAAUUAGUUGAAUGUUCCUUAAAGUAACUACAAAAUUGGACUGCACGGGAAUCUCAUCCUGCCAUUUCUUGCAUUGAAAAUCACUAAAUAUUUUACUUUAAGUGAUUAAUGCCAACUUUAUUGCAUAUGUUGGAGCUUUAUUUGAUUGUAAUCUAAUUUGCUUAAUUGCUUAUUCAAUAUACUACUCACAAUAGUCACAA